CACACCCACAUGGAUACACAAACACGUACUGCUCCACCUCACAACUACCUUCCUUGACUGGCUGGUCUUGUUAGUGCUCACGCCCGUACCUGUUUGUGAGACACCUGUCAGACAGAGAGAGACUGCUCAAACUCGGAGGAACACACUGGUCACACACUCUCGACUCGAGCUAAGUGGAUAUUUCUUUGCUGGAUUCAAAAAAGGUAUCCUGUGAAGAUAACAGAACAAAGAAAAAAAGAUAGAAACCUCUAGAACAAGCAUGUCAAAAGUCGACAAAGAAUCUGUGUUUCAAACCACCAAAGUGCGGACCAAGCUGAAGGGAGAUGGCAGCUGGAUGCAGCGCAGCAAUGAGGCUCAGCCUGAAGAUGACAAGGAGAAACCAUGGUUAGCUGAAGUAAGGGCCCGCUGUCUGAAUGGAGAUGCUGUUGAGACCAGUCCAGUGUCGUCACCAACAACAUCCACGCCGCCACCCACCAAGCCUGAUGCUGAAAGAGCACCAACGUCGGGAUACCUGAUAAGAGGCAUUUUCACUAAACUAGACAAGCCUCCUUCAUCCUCAACAACUAAUGGUGUUAGUGGAACAAUGACACAAUUCACCAAAAAACCUUCAGAGAGCUACAAGAAAAUAGCCUCCUACACCGUGAAGCCCACUCUAGAAAACCAGGAGGGCCAGCUUAGCACUGAGGAGCAGGAGAAACGGACGGAGGCAGCCAGCAGUGUAGUGAGGCAAUCUGCAGCCAGGCAACGCUCUUACGUGCUUUCUGCUGCUAAGAAAUUUGAGUCUUCAGAUACGGCGCCUGACACCUCAUUGGUCAACAGCAGUCCAUCAUUUGUGGCUAGAAGGGUGCAGAUUACUGAUGAUGAUGAGAGCGCUGCGUCUCCAGCACCUGCCAGCACUCCAGCCCCCUCCACCAUCGCUCCUGCCACAUCUGUUGCCACAGCGUCUGAGACCAAACCAUGGAAAUCCGUCGGCACCAGUGUGAAAACAGCCGUUGAUGUCCCUGUUAUUGAGCCUGUGGCACCAAAGAUGGAGGAGGCCGCCCCAGAGCCUGUGAAGGAUGACCCUCCUCUAGUUACAGUUAAAGACCCAUUUGAAGGCAUGAAACCAGGGUGUACCAAGGUGGACACUCCUCUCCCUAUACUCCUCCCACAUGUAGUUCAAACUGUGUGUGCAGAGCCAGAACCUGAGAAGACAGAUGUUUCUAGAAAAGUUGAGAUCCCUCUGGUUAAACUCAUCCCAGCCUCACCAAUCCAAAUAUCACCUACUCUAGCACCCCCUUCCCCUGCUUCAACUGUACCAGAAACACCUGCCCCGGAAUCACCUGUCCCACUUUCAGCUUCAACUGUGUCUGCUACAACAGAGAUCACAGUGAAGACUGAACCUGAACCACAACCAGCACCAGAACCUGAACCAGAACUUCAAACAGCACCAGCUCCAAAGCCACGCUCUGGUGUUGACACGCUCACUGCCUUGUCCGACACUCUCAUUUCUUUUGACACAAGUUCAACCAGUUCUAAGGAUGAUGAGCGAGUGCUGGCAGAGAAAGACGAAGGCCCAGGGGACAGUCCCACCUCAGAGGAUGGUGAUGAUAAGGAGACAGCUCCACAGCUCAGCAACUGUAUACAAAUGACAGACGAUCUCCUGGUGCUCACUAAUGGUCCAGAGGAGUCAGCAGAGCCUGUUCCCCCCAGCCCGGGACGCUGGAGUCAGGAUCUGCUGAGCGGACUAGACAGUGAGUCCAACCCAGUGAAGACCAGUGGCACCCUGGAUCUGCUGGCUAAUGAUGUCAUUCCAAUCAACACAGAAGAACGCAGCCUAAGCACGCAGCGAGAGGAGGAGAAACAGACAGAUGAGACACCAAAAGAAACACAAAGCACCACAGAGACUGUCACUAUAACCUCCAAAACUGUGAUCAUCACUGACAAAAGCCAAGAGGACAAUGCUGAUCCAUGGAGCUCACAUGUUGCCACCACAGUCACCAAAUCAAGCUCGGCUGAUCCGUUUGAUCCAUAUCCGAUAGGGACCACAUCCUCUAACAGCUCAUCUGACCUGCUCCAGCCUCUCUCUGAUUUUUCCAUCAACAGCCAAGAUGACAAAACAGAUCCAUGGAGCUCACAUGUGACAACUACAGUCACCAAAUCAAGUGUGCUUUACACUCCAAUGGAGAACAAAGAUCAACAUCCAGAAACAAAUAAUGCGUUGGAAUCCCUUGCAGACAACGUCAUCCCUAUCAGCACUGACACCACAAGUCUAAGCUCUCAUCGGUCAUGGGCACGCACAUGGGAAACCAGCACACCUCAGCAGGCUAACACGGAAGAGAGCCAAGAAGCUGUGCCAGGAGGCCAAACUGUAGAUCAAGAGACGCUGGUCAUGUUUGAGAGAAAGUCCAAAGAGAAUGACUCCCCAUGGGACAGGUGGACCUCACCCACCGUCUAUACCGUCACUUCAGAAAGAGAGGAUGAAGAGGAGGCGGAGGAGGAUGAGAGCCAAACGGAUACACAGACAGAGACGGUCACAACAACCAUCACCACUAUCAGGGAGACACACAGCGAACAGCAGCCCGUUAUGGAUCGUUAUGAAACCUUUUCCAAGACCAUAAUGGAAGAAGACCAGCGUGUCCAAACACCAGAACCUGAGGCCAAAAAGGGGUUUGUGUAUGUGAAGGAGUAUGUAAAUGCAACAGAGAUGUCCCUGCAUAAUGCCAGAGACAACACCAACAGUGGGUCAGAUUAUUUGACAUCAAGCUCCACCAAUUACUCUUACAGCAGCCCCUCCAGUUACUCCAGUGGCACGCUGUCAUCUGCCUGCACCUUCUGUGGAGAACUGGUGGGAAGUGAUGCCAAGAUCACCAUCGAUCACCUCAACAUCAACUGCCAUCCCCACUGCUUCAAGUGCGGCGUGUGCAAUAAGUAUAUGGGAGACCUUCUCGACAGCAUGUUCCUGCAUGGUGGGAAAGUCCACUGCGAGACCUGCUACAGAGAAGCUUUGGACUGAUUAUGGAAGCUCUUCAGCAGCCUCUUAUCCUCGUCUUCGUCCCUUCAUGUUCAUUUGCAUAUAAAGUGAGAACUGGUCUUUCACAAAGUUUUAACUGUGCUUGAUUUGAACUCAGGGAGGAUGUGGUUGAGGAUGAUCAAAAGCAGUUAUAGUGAACUUUAUGACUACUGAAUGUUUUUUCUUACACUAGGUAACAUUUCUAAUUUCUUUAAAAAAUUCAUUCAAGCUUGUGUUUUUUUUUCCUGGUGGUGAAAGCUGUAUCUGCCUCAGUAAACUAUGAAGGAUAUGUCUGUGCAACAUGUGUGCUACACUACUGUGAACAGACUAAUACUGGCAGGUGGGGAACAAUAUUAUUACUUUGCAACAUUAGUUAUGCAAGAAAAUGACUUUAUUACAAAAUGUUUACUUCUUUAUUCUUCUUAAUACAAAAUAGUGUGUUCACAUGUAUGAUGCUUUGUUAAAAAAAUAAAAUGAUUUUCAUUAUCUUGGUAUGAAAAUGUGAAAACAAUGGCUGUGCUCCAAAUUGCAUACCAGAGCCCUGCAUACUCCCUACUAAUUACUAACUACUUAGGUUGCCAUUACCAGCAGACUGUUCACAAUGAGAGAGGAUGUCUUUUGUAUCACAUUACCAGGUUAGGCUUCCAUGAAAUUAAAAUCGUUUACCACAAUUCUCA